UUUUCAAAAGUCAAAUAAGUUCAGUUAUAUACUCACUAACAUUUUGUUUUCACAUUUAUAGUUCACUUUUUCACACCUUUGUUUGUCUUAUUCUUAAAAGGUUUGUUAUGUUUUUUUUAUUGUCAUAAAUUGACUUAGAAGAUGAUUAUGAUUAUGUAUUGCAGAUUAUAGAUUAUCAGUGAUAUAGACUAGAAAAACAAUUAUGAGGUGUAGUAGCUGUUUUGGAACAUUGUUUAUAAAGAAGGAGAAACAACCUUCUAAUUAUAUUUUUAGUGAAAUUGAAGGCUAUUCUUUGGAUAAUCUUAAGCAUUUUUCUGAUAAGGAAUUGAGAUUGGCAACUGAUAAUUAUCAUUUAAGCAAUAAGAUUGGAAGAGGAGGUUUUGGUACUGUUUACAAGGGAACAUUAAAAAAUGGAAGAAAGAUAGCAGUGAAGCCUCUUUCUGUUGGAUCAAAGCAGGGAGUUAAAGAAUUUUUGACCGAAAUUACAACCUUAUCGAAUGUUAAACAUUCAAACCUUGUGGAAUUGGUUGGAUUCUGCAUUCAAGGACCGAAUCGUACCGUAGUUUACGAGUAUGUCGAAAAUGGCAACCUUCAUACCGCAUUACUCAGCAAGAAGAGUUCAAGCAUCAAACUAGAGUGGAGAAAAAGAUCUGCUAUUUGCGUCGGUACGGCAAAAGGUCUUGCGUAUCUUCAUGAAGAACUUGCACAACAUAUUGUACAUAGAGACAUCAAAGCUAGUAAUGUACUACUUGACAAAGAUUUUAAUCCCAAAAUUGGCGAUUUCGGUAUGGCCAAGUUAUUUCCAGAUGAUAUCACUCAUAUCAGCACGAGAAUCGCCGGAACAACUGGUUACUUAGCACCAGAAUAUGCAUUAGGUGGACAGUUAACCAAGAAGGCUGAUGUAUACAGCUUUGGAGUUCUUAUACUUGAAAUAAUUAGUGGCAAAAGCAGCUCAAAAACAAAUUGGGAUGGAUCACAUAAAUUCCUCUUAGAAUGGGCAUGGCAACUACAUGAAGAUGAGAAAUGGUUGGAUCUAGUAGACCAAGACAUGAAAGAAUAUCCUGAAAAAGAGGUAAUCAAGUACAUCAAGGUUGCUCUUUUCUGCACACAAGCAGCAGCAAAAAGAAGGCCAUUGAUGUCACAGGUUGUUGAUAUGCUCUCUAAGGAAAUUCAGCUCAAUGAGAAACAACUAACAUCACCAGGAUUUUUCAAUUAUGAUGUUGGAGAAUCCUCUCAAAAGAAAUCAAACCCUGAAUCUUUAGUUUAUCACACUAGUUCUACUCAAGAUAGUAUUACUCAGGUCACUCCUAGGUGAUGAUGAUGACUAUAUAGUUUUGUGUGAAUUGCAUAGUUGCAAAAUGAGAAGGAAAGAAAAUUAUUUUUUUAGAUUUUAGAAAUUUAUAGAUUUUAGACUAAGAUUUUGGAUUUGAGUCUUUUAAACUAGAUGAUGCAAAGAGAAUUUUGUUGUAUAUUGCUCGAAAAGUUCACUCAACUUUCAAAUUUGUCGAGGUUUAACAUGAUUUCAAGAUACCAACUUUCUUAGCAAGUUUCACAUGUUAUUACUUUUAUGAUUGAAAGAAAAGAUUAAAGAAUGUAAAAAAUACCGCUUGCUUUAGUGAUCCUCGAACUGGGCGCGUAGAAAAUCGCUUCAUCACUUGGAAUUCUCAAAAGUACUCGUGCACUAUCAUUAACUUAGAUGGAAGUUGUAAUGGCACUCCAAUUCGUUCGCACUUGCUUUUGUGGUACCUUGCGUACAUCCAAUGGGACUUGGCUAUGUGAUUUUUAUGUAUUCAUAACAAAUUCUUAAGAUAUCCUUCAUGCUUCUAGGGCAUCUACCAAGGCCUUAAUUUAGUCAAGGUUAUGUAUAUUACAGAAUCAGUUUGCCACUCUGACUCUUCCCUUGAUAUUAGUCUAAUUGAGAAUUCCUUGAAUAAGUUCCAUAAACAUGUGGUGUUGAUUCAAGAUAUUAAAGAUAUUAUUAUCCUAGAAAACACCCUGUUUAGAGUCAUCCACACUCCUAGAGAAGACAACCAAAGCGUCGAUUUCAUGGUAAAGCUCGGUACUGCUAAUAACAUCGAUCUUCUGAUUCACUCAUUUCCUUAAGAAAUUGAGUAACAUCCUUGCAGGAGAUGCGGCUAAGACUUCCUUCUUAAGAAUUCAAUUUGUCUUUUAUUCUCUCUUUUCUUUUUUAUUAGCCUUAUAAAAAAAUGUAAA